CGAGCUAGUUGGUGCCAUCACCAGUUUUCACCGCGAAUACACGUAGGCAAUAUCUCUCCGCCAUUUUGGUUUCCCGAGGAAAUCGGAGCAGUGUUUUCGGAUUGUACUUGAUCUACAGGUUUGGUUUCAAUCUCAGCAGGAGGAAAGUCAAAACACCACGAUGCAACCGGCUCCGAUUCAUACCGUGCAGAUGCAGGUGGCCUCCCCGCAGCCUCCCCGGCGCAGCCGGUACUCCUGCUCGGUGAAGUCGCUGGGGAUUCUACAGAUCAUCCUGGCCGGGGUGUCCGCCGUUUUUGGCAUUGCAUCCGCUGUAGCGACUUACCAGGGCAUCGCAAAUUUAGGAUCUAGUGCUUGGGGAGGGCUCGUGUUUUACCUCCCUGCUGGAAUCCUUGGCAUAUUGUCCGUUACUCUGAGUGUCAAUUCACGAAGAGGCCUGGCUAUUGCAUGCUUGGUCAUGUCCAUUCUCUCGUCGAUCAUGGCUGGUACCAACCUCAUAAUGUACGGCAUCGACAUGGUGAACUUUGGCCCUAACGGCUACUACUAUGGCCCUACGCCAGUCGUGCUGGACUCGAUUGUCUUAAUCGUUUCUCUAACGGAGCUGGUUGUGUCGAUCGUUGCUUCCGUCUACUGCUGUUACGUCAUGAACGAAUACCAGCAGACCACCACCACGAUCCAGUACGGACACCCGACUAUGUAUAUGUACAACCAACAACCGGCUGCCUACCCCGGGCCAGCCGUCGCCCCGGCUCCUGCGAUGCUUGUUACCAACCAGGCCACUUUUGCUACCCCGCCACCUAGCUAGCUACGGGGCCGCCGCUGCAGCCGGCAUAAACGACGCUGGAAAGGGCAAUGGCAACUUGGCUUGAGUUUGCUUCACGAAACAGCCGUCGUUAUUCCUGAACAUCAACGGACCAAGACGUCACCUAAGAUGCCACCUAUAGACCAAGACGUCACACCUACGCAAAUACUUAAAACUGUGCGUUAACAGGGUAUUAAAAAAUCGCUAGACAAAAACAAACGGUCCAAUGCAAAUUGACUUCCUUUGUUCUUUUAGCUUAUUUAUUUAUAAUUUUUCGGGGGGCUGUUUGCUUUUCUCUUCAGUAUACCUGCUCUUCAGUAAAACGUUUGACAUCAAAGUCUGAAAGCAGAAGAUUCAAAACUGGUAAUAAAUUUACUUGGGAGAAAUGGAGGGAAAUAUUGUUUGGACUCUUCUAAGCAACCGCGAGAUAAUCAGAGGUAUAUAGGUAUUUUUUUAAUCAAUAUGCCUCACUGCAUAAGAACUUGUAGUAUUCUUGCUGGUGCCCUGUUUUGGAAAGGAAAAAAAUUUUUCAAAAUCAUUAUACAGCACAUUAGCGCGGUUGGCAUUUAAUGAGAAUAUGUAAGUCUUUUGCGAUAAUUUAUUGUGAGCUUGAAUUUCGCAAUUACUUUGUGUUUUUUCACGAAUUUGGUUAUUAGCCUCCCGUAUAGAAAAGUACAGACAUUUUGUAUUAUAUAUGUAUUUUAGUUGAAAAAUUAAAGAUAGCUUUAUAAAGCUUAAUAGCUUAUAUACAUGUAUUAGACAAUACCUUUAUGGUACAUUCCGCCAUUUUUAACCUUAUACAACAUGAUGAUAUUUUUUCUAUCUUACACAGUCUUCUAAGCUCCUUUUCCCUGCAAUAUCAUUUUUCAUUCGUAUCCACUACCGAGAGACCUUGCGACACGGUUGUUACAGGGUUACAAAGUUCAUGAUCACGACAAGAAUGCAGUUUACCGCCAAGAUGACGAAAUAAAUAGACUGUUUUGGUCACUCAC